AUAACUGUACGACUGUACCAUUCCUAUAUGAUUGUGAAGUCGAUUUUCUUCUGUAAGAGAUUCCAGACUGAAAUUACAUCAGCUAAGAGUUUUAAAAUUCCAGUAAACUACGACUUAAGGACUAAUCUUUUUGAAUAAAUAAAUACGCUAAAGUUGGAGACGGAUUCAAGUGCCAAUAAUUGAAUAUUCGGUUUUAUAUAUAGUGGUUUUGAUAAAGCAAAAGUUUUACAGCAAAGAAAAUGGAAGGGCAAGGAAAGAAAGGGCGUAAAAAAAAUAAACCCGGCGAUAAUGCGCCGGCUAGUUCCGGAUCCAGCGGUCAGCAGACUCCUGCUGAAACUUCUGCACAACCAUUCAGUCAGGAAGGAGGUGGAAAAGGCAAAAAGAAAUAUCCGCAGUCCGGAUCCGGAGAUGGUGGCGACGCACACCAAACUCCAGCACCUAAGCAAAAAAAGCAACAACAACAACAACAACAACAACAGCAACAGUCGUCAAUUGCGACGCAAGCUUCUGCUGAACAACAAGCACCCUGUGCUCCGGGUGGCAGUGGCGAUGGACAACAAAUUGCGUCAAAAGACCAGGGGAAGAAAGAUUGGAAACAAAAGAAACAGCAGGACCAACAGCAGCAGGGACACCAGCAGCAAGGACAGCAGCCCGAUGCUUCAACUAGUGCUCAACAGCCGAAGUUAUCCUAUAAGCAAAAAAAGCAGCAACAGCAACAGGCGCCUCCGUCAAUGCCGACGCCCAGCUCUAGUGGACAAACUCCAUCUGAAGAAAGUGGUGCUGGCGAUGGGCAACAAUCUGCACCAAAAGACACAGCGAAGAAAGAUUCUAAGCAAAAGUUUUCUAUGCUGAAACAAGAAAAGCAACAACAACAACAACAACAACAACAACAAGAACAACAAUCGCAUACUUCUGAUGAACUACAAUCUUCUACGGGCGUGGGUGGCAAUAGCGAUGAACAACAAAUAGCGCCAAAAGGCCAGGGAAAGAAAGAUUGGAAGCAAAAAAAGCAACAACAACAACAACAGCAACAGUCGUCAAUUGCGACGCAAGCUUCUGCUGAACAACAAGCACCCUGUGCUCCGGGUGGCAGUGGCGAUGGACAACAAAUUGCGUCAAAAGACCAGGGGAAGAAAGAUUGGAAACAAAAGAAACAGCAGGACCAACAGCAGCAGGGACACCAGCAGCAAGGACAGCAGCCCGAUGCUUCAACUAGUGCUCAACAGCCGAAGUUAUCCUAUAAGCAAAGGCAGCAAAUGAAGCAGCAAUCAGAAAAGCCGGAACCUGAACCUAAACCAGUCACACCGACCUCUACGCAUUCGUCUUCUCCCGCGCACGCAGCGGCACUAGAACGCGUAGAAGAGGACUUCAGUUCGAUGAAGAUAGACAAACAAAAGAUACAUAUGUCUCAUCGAAUGCAAGUACUAGAGCGAGCCAAUGCUUUUGGAACGCGGGGAAAGCCCAUAAAAUUUGAAGUAAACUACAUACAGUUAUUUGUGAAUAACCUAAUCAAUGUGGCUUACCACUACGAUGUGGAAAUAAAGCCGCCAGCAUCACGCAAGUGGCAACGGGCCGCCUUCGCAGCGUUCAGCCGUGAAGUAUUCCCUGGACACAAUUUUGCGUUUGAUGGUAAUAAGAAUGCGUACUCGGCCAAAAGAUUAAAAGCGGAUUACUAUGAAAAUGUAGUCACCACAAGAGAAGAUAACAGAGACCGCAAAUUCACCGUGACCAUGAAGGAAGCUGCCGUGGUGGAUAUUGGCUGCCUCAAAAAUUACCAGAAUAGUAACAACUUUACCAAGCCUAUGGCGGCAAUCCAGUGCCUGGAUGUGGUGCUUCGCACCGCUUACGAAAAUAACCCUAAUUUUGUAAAGUUCAAAAAGUCCAUUUAUGCCGUCCCAAGACAAAUUGAAGACAUAGGUGCAAAUCAUGAGCUGUGGUAUGGACUAUUUCAGUCUGCACUGCUCGGUGCGAAACCAUUCCUCAACAUCGAUGUAUCUCACAAAGCAUUUCCAUCUGGAGGAAAGCUUACAGAUAUCAUCAAAGGUAUGAACUACCCCCCAGGUUUACCGGACGAGUUACCAAGAGGAUUGGAGACAAAUCUGAAUAACUUUUUGAAGGGCAUGGAAAUCAGUUACGCUGGCCCGGAUGGAGUGGAUAAAAUAUUCAAAUAUAAUAAACUUAAAGGGCCUGCCGACCAGGAAAGAUUCAAGUUGGAAAGCGGAGAGGUGUUAACUGUCGCACAAUACUUCCGUCAGCAAGGACGCGUUCUUCAAUAUCCACGCUGGCCUGUUAUGCAUGUCGGCAGCACAAUACGGAAUAUAUUGCUCCCGAUGGAGAUGUGUAGUGUGCCUCGUGGUCAAGCUCUUACUAAGAAACAUCCGGAUUCGUGUACCCAAAUGAUUAUAAGACGAUCAGCCACUGAUACGCUUACAAGAAAGAACAAAAUAAUGCAUUUGUUUAUGGACAUCAAAUACAAUUUGGCACCGACUAUUAAAGAGUUUGGUCUCAGUGUUGGAGAUCGUUUCGAAGAAAUAGCUGGACGUAUUCUAGAUCCUCCGUAUUUGCUAUACCGGAACAACAAGACGGUUCAACCGGUUAGAGGUGAAUGGAGAGCAGAUAAUUGUAACUACAUUCUUCCCAGCACACAAAUUAUUCAACGUGCACUACGUUGGACAAUUGUGAAUUUAGACAUCAGAACACGUGCUGAUGCAAUUGAUCGCUUCGGAAGAAUGAUCUUUGAUGUGUCAAAAAAGCAAAACGUCCAGCUUGAGCAGUUUACGAUGGCAAACAAUUUUUGCGAGCCUCGAAAUUGGAAAGCAUGGAGAACUGAAUUUCCGCAUAUUUUCAUGAAUCUAAAAAAACAAAAUAUGGAUCUAGUGAUAGUCAUUAUUCCAGCCUCUGGCGGACCGAAUGGGGACGUGUACGCCGCAGUAAAACAACAGGCCGAAUUACAUACUGGUUUACUAACCCAGUGUGUUAAAGGCGAUACAAUAUUCAGAAAAGGCAACGAUCUAAGCACACUGAACAAUAUCUGGCUAAAAAUUAAUGCUAAAACCAACGGUUCCAAUCAUGCACUGGUGCCAAAUUGUAAGCCUCCGAUCGCCCGAGCUAAUGUGAUGUAUAUUGGUGCCGAUGUGACCCAUCCAUCACCAGAGCAAACGAAUAUACCGAGUGUUGUAGGCGUGACAGCUUCCUACGAUCAAGAAGGCUUCCGCUAUAGCUGUUGCUACAGACUUCAAAACCCUACGGAUGAGAUGAUACGUGAUCUGGAAAAUAUAGUAAACAGACAAAUACGGCUUUUCCACCAGCAGAAUGGUUGCUUUCCAGAACGCAUUAUGUACUAUCGGGACGGCGUUUCCGAGGGUCAGUUUGCCGAAAUUUUGACUAUUGAAUUAAGAGCGAUUAAGGAUGCAGCAGCUAAGGUCAAUCCCAAUUAUAAACCCCAAGUUACGUUUAUCGUCGUUCAAAAACGACACCACGCUCGAUUCUUUCCCAACGGUCAAUGUCCCACGGUAGGUAAAAACAAUAAUGUACCUCCAGGUACGAUUGUAGAUCGUCACAUCACCGCGCCGAACCAGUAUCAAUUCUAUCUGGUGUCUCAUGCUGCUGUGCAAGGUGUAGCAAAGCCUACCAAAUAUUGCGUUCUCUACGAUGAUUCAAAUUGUCACCCAGAUCAAUUGCAAGCUUUGACAUAUAACUUAUGUCAUAUGUUUGCACGCUGUAAUAGGGCAGUGUCUUAUCCUGCUCCCACUUACUAUGCUCAUCUAGCAGCUUUCCGCGGAAGAGUAUACAUUAAGGAUCGACCCUUAAAAAUGGAUAAUCUGCUGCAAGAGUACCAAAGCAUGCAAAUAAAGGCCGAAAUUAUUGAUGGGCACCCGAUGUUCUUUGUAUAACGAGCAUUUGCGAUAAUAGUACUGCAGCGUAGCGAUGCUACGUGAUAUAAUAAUCUAAUAAUCGAGAAUUUUUUUGGAGAAAUUUCAUUUCUACUACCUAAUCACCAACUAAUAGAGAUAAAUGGUGUCUCUCCAAGAAUUUAUAUUUUUGACACAAUAGUUUUUUUGCUACAUAUUAAUCUAUAUAAUAAUUACAGGCUUGGCAUACACUUUUCGCUUUGAUUUUGCUCUUUUGAUUACUGCUCCUCAGCCAAGCAGAAUUUCAGAAAGUGAUAUAUGGGGCAUUUGUAGAGCUUGUAAUUAUCUAUAAUAAUGCUGAAGAAAGUGAAGUUGUAUCUUUAGUAUUUACGGCGCUGUAGGGCAGCAAUGCCGUUGGUAGCAAAAAGAGCGCUCUUUUUGCUACCAAGAGGGUAGCAGCCUUAUAGCGCCAUAAAUACAAAAUGCACAGUAAUGCUUACUUCAGCAAUAUUGAAGAUAAUAAUAAAUUCUACAAACGCCCCAUACAUCACUUUUUCAAAUUUUGCUUGGCUGAGAUGCAGUAAUCAAAAGAGCAAAAUCGAGGCGAAAAGUGUAUGCCAAGCCUGUAAUAAUAUAUUAAUCUAUUCGUUCAAUUAGAGUUUAAAUAAAAUGUUCAAAUUUAAAUAGUGACCUUUG